CCCGCCCCGCUCGGGGCUGGGUAUAAAUAGGGCGGGCGGCGCAGAGGCGGGAGCGCAGAGCGUUUGAAAAUAAACCGGCGGAGCGCGGCCUGACACGCGGCAAUGGCUGGCGGAAAAGCGGGUAAAGAUUCGGGCAAGGCGAAAACUAAAGCGGUUUCCCGCUCGCAGCGAGCCGGGCUGCAGUUUCCGGUCGGUCGGAUCCACCGGCACCUGAAGUCGAGGACGACGAGUCACGGGCGGGUGGGAGCGACGGCGGCCGUUUACAGCGCGGCCAUCCUCGAGUACCUGACCGCCGAGGUGCUGGAGCUUGCAGGAAAUGCAUCCAAAGACUUGAAGGUGAAGCGCAUCACCCCUCGCCACUUGCAGCUUGCAAUCAGAGGAGAUGAGGAGUUGGACUCUUUAAUCAAGGCCACCAUUGCAGGGGGUGGUGUAAUUCCACACAUCCACAAAUCUCUAAUUGGCAAGAAGGGACAGCAGAAGACUGUUUGACGAUCAAAUGCCAUUUUAAUUUUUUAGUUCAUUAUCUCAGGGUUCCAUCUCUGUUUAAUCAGCUGCAGAAAUUUUGGAGGAUCUGGCAGGAAAGACACUGGACUUCUGAAAUGUGAUUAGAAAACUUUAUCUCCAUAUAUGGGGGGAGGGGUCAUUUUAAAAUAACGCUUAACAGUAAUAGUUCCCUGUGCUUUGGUAUUGGGAAGCAAAGUAUUCUGUGAAACUGAGCAAGCUGGAGAUAUUCUCUAGUGUAAGAGGCCCUAAUGUAAUGUUUAAAUGCAGGAAAAGCUAAUUGCUUGUAUAACUUUUAUUUUUGGAGUGAAAUUGAAUAUGGAUGGGUUGUCUGACUGUACUUUGGGUGAAGUUUUCAAUAAAAUGCAUUAAAAAAAAAAAA